UGCCGCAGUCGACGAGUUAAGUGUGAUGAGACGCGACCUCUUUGCCAUUUGUGUAGAACAGUAGGGUUGGUGUGUCGUGGGUACGGGAAGAACAUCUUUUUCACUUCAGGAAUAGGCGAUGUCGACCGCGAAAGAGAAAGCGUCCGCUUUCGACGCCUGCUAUUCACCGAGGUGGAGCGCAAAGAAAUGAGCUCAUCACUCACGGCAAGUGUUCCACCAAGGUUCGUUUCUAGGCAGAUUUCCUGCCUUGACGUCGAAUCUGAAGGUGCUACUCCUGAUCAACACCUUGAUCUUCAGCGCGGUCCAUUCGGGGUCUUCAGAAGCAACACGUCAUAUGAGACUCAGUCCAGAAUCGAUUUUGUUUUGGACUGUAAUCCCGAUGUAGGAUCGCUAGAAGUGCAUGACGCUCUCGGUUAUGCUCAAGAAAUAGCACUUUACGACCACACGACAAAUCUACAGUGGUCUCCUUCCUUGAUGACUACCAUUUUUGACAGUCCCAUGCAGAUGCUGCAGCCACAGAAUCAUAAUCAUACGGAUAUUUGCGGGCCGCUGGGGGCCAACGCAACGGGGCAAGGUUAUCGCGAAACACUGCCCGCUCACAAUAUGCAAGCACAAGAAAUGGGCCCCUACGGAAGCUCGCAGGCAGACUUGACCAUGACUGAGCCGUUGCAAAACAAUAGCUUAAUAGCAGACAUGUUGCGUGGCAGUUUCGAUGAAAACACAGUCACUAGGGUAGUGCCUAGUGUCACGACUAUGUCAACGCCCAUGCCCGGAGACGCCGUGUUCUUGCUCAAACAUUAUACGUCGAUCAUAAUCAAUUUCCUGACCCCGUUUGGACAUGCCAAGACUCCGUGGCAUGUUUUGUUUAUACCCCAUGUCAAAAGCUGCCUCGCUGCUUUGACGAUGGGCGAAGAACUUGGUCAUGCUAGCCUUGCCAUAUUCUUCGGCACUCUCGCAAUAAGUGCUUCAAGCUUAGACAAGCAAACACGGUCACAACCAAGCAUGUGGCUCCAACAGGCAAAGACGUACGAGCGUAAAGCACGCGAGCAUUGUCGCUUGAUGUUGGACACGGCUUAUUGUGUGCCCAAAGUGGCCAAGUAUAAAACUAUCUUAAUGGCGUUAUUGACUUUGGUGCACUUAUAUACUCUGAACGGCAGGCGAAAAAGUGUGGACUUCUACUUCGUCGAGGCUGAAAAGUUCAUCAGAGUUCGCGGUCUUGGCCGCAGAAAAUCGCGGAAGGUGCGUCUACUGCACCACUGUUAUGCUUUCCAGCGGAUGUUCUACGAAAGCCUAUGUAUUGGCAGACACACUCAGCAUAGGCGUGAGGUCAUGAAAGCGAUCGAAUCGAGCGGGUCCGGCGUACACAGUCGAGAUAGCUUGACGUUCCAUGCAUCCCAGUGGCAUAAUUUGCCUCAGGCGAUGCUGAUGUCGAAGACCCAAGAAGAAGGAGAAAAUGAUCUUCACCUCGAGCAUCCUGGCGUGUGGCCAGCGACGCUAUAUCCGGAGAUAUACGGCAUCCCGGAGGUACUUGUCUGGCUACUAUCUUGCAUUAUACGACUUGGAAAUGAGAAGGAAUCGGCAGGACAAGGCGCACAGUGUGGCAGUACUAUCGCUGACUUCCUGCGGCGAGCAAAAGCUUUAGAAUGGUGCAUUAAACAGUACCAGGAGCAGAGCGAUGAUCUAGUAGCACAGCUUCCACAAUCAGAUGCAACAAAAUUGGACAAUCUGACGAACAUCAUAAACGCUUUAAAGAACGCGGUGGCAAUUUACUUCUAUCGCAGAGUCUACGACAUUGACUCAUCACUGCUGCAGCCACUGGUAGCAAGCGUAUUUGAGUCUUUGACGAGAAAUCAAUCUAUAGAGGUCGGGUCGGCUUGUGGCUCGCUGAGUCUUGUUUGGCCUGCAUUCAUCGCAGCAUGCGAGGCGGAGGGCGACGCAAUACGGGCAGCAUUUACACAAUGGUUUGAAGCCCGUGCGAAAGACAGUGGCUUAGACACUUUUGCUGUAACGAUCGGGACUAUUAAAACCGCCUGGAGAGCGAAGUCCUCGUCAAAUGACAUCGCCAUUACAGGUGCCGCCUCAGGCAUGGGCCUCGCAACAGCUCAGCUGCUCGCCUCUCGCGGCGCAAUCAUAUCUCUUGCUGAUAUAAACGAAGCCGCAGUGAUCAAGGCAACAGCUUCACUAGAAAAGCCAGGUGUCAAGGAUCACAUCUACAGCAUUGUUGAUGUUCGAGACAGUAGCUCGGUCAACGAUUGGAUAGAAAGAACGGUACAGAAUCUGGGCGGGUUGGAUGGUGCGGUCAACAUGGCCGGCAUUAUCAAGCAUGCCAAGCCUGUAGCCGAGUCGACGGAUGAGGACUGGGACUUCACUUUCUCGGUGAAUACGAGGGGUGUUUUUGCUUGUCUCAGGGCUCAAAUCAAGGCAAUGAGUGCUGGUGGUAGCAUUGUUUCUGCUGCAAGUGUCUUUGGGCAGUUUGGGUCGCCAGGGAAUGCAGCUUACUGCGCAAGCAAGGCAGCCGUAAUUGCGCUCACGCGCACCGCCGCUAAAGAGAACCAAAACAUCAGGAUCAAUUGCGUUUCCCCAGGCUCUGUGAGAACGCCGCUGUCGGAAGGAGAAAAUCCUGAGGACGUGAAGCGCGGCCUUGCACACACGGCACAGAAGCGAAGAGCCGAACCGAUUGAGGUUGCGCAAGUGAUCACCUUUUUGCUCAGCGAAGAAGCUUCUUUUGUGACCGGUGCAGUGUAUAAUGUUGAUGGUGGUUGGGUAUGUUAG